AGUGUCAGGUCAUAAUAUUGACAUCGUAGAAUGAAUGGUAUAUACACAGUCAAGUUUUUUGUGAAUAUUAUAAGGAAAAAAAAAUCAUUCGAGUGUGCGAUUUCUAUAAAUAAACAGUCUUAUCAGUGUAUUAAAACAACGUUGAGAAAUAACGAGUAUCCGAUCUAAUCGCCACGCCUCUGUUAAUGAUAUAUAAUUAUUUAUCACUUAGCGGUCAUUACGUCAUAUCGUGCUUGCAGAUGGCAAGAACAUGAUGUUGUUAUAUUUAAGUGUAAAGCCCUAUUAUUAAGUUGAUAUAUGUGUUUAUUUAGCCCUCAUAAACUUUUUAAAAUAAAAAUAUAUAACCUAAAAAAGUACACUUGUUCCGGUGCAAAAUGUCUGUGUUGAGUAAUUUCACUGUUUCUGUAGCAAAAGGGUUAAAGGGUAUAAAGCCGAACAAGGAACUAUAUGAAUCUAUGAGACUUGGUCGCUGUGGCAGCUCUGUUCUUAAUAAUGGGCCGAAAUUCAAGAUGGAGAAGUGUCUCAUUGUAUCCAAAGUAACCAGAUAUGAAUAUGAAAAACACUGCCACGACAACAUAACAGAUACGCAAUUAGAGAAAAUACUAAGGAAGCGUGGCUCCGAUGUUGAUUCUAUGAUACAAACACAUAAAGAACAGAAGGCUUUCGAGGAGAACAUUGCGCGCAGUCUCAAGGACUUCGGUGUAGAAGUAGAGAUGGCCAGCAGACUUAAAUAUAAGGAUGAUUUAAUAAAUUGGUGCGAUGUGGUUGUACCGUGUGGCGGUGACGGCACUUUCCUACUAGCAGCUUCCAGAGUAAGAGAUGCCAAUAAACCAGUGAUAGGUUUCAACAGCGCCCCACAUAAGUCUGUAGGAAGGUUGUGCUUACCUACUUGGUGUUCGAAUGAUGUCAAAGGUGCGCUACAAGCUUUGAAGGAGGGUAAAUUCAGGUGGAUGCGUCGUACAAGGAUACGUACUACAAUGAGAUGCGAACAGAAAUUAUUAGAUAAAAUAACACCGGUCGACUUACACACAUUACAUUUCAGCAGAUACCCGCCGGUAUUGCAUCAUCAUGACAGCGCUGAGUCCCGAGAGGCGCAGACUAACUUCAAUAAUACAGUUGAACCCAAAACAACACUAACCACGAAAGUGUUGCCAUAUUUAGCCCUAAACGAGGUGUUUAUAGGUGAGAGUGUGACCUCAAGAGUGUCCCUCCUCCGAUUGCAGAUCGACAACGGCAAAUGGACGCACACGAAGAGUUCCGGUCUAUGCGUUACGACCGGAACAGGAAGCACUUCGUGGCAUUUUAGUAUAAAUUGUCUCCGCACUCAUUCAGUAUUGGAGUUGAUGAAGAUAUUGUCAGAAGAGUAUGAUGUGAAGUUGGAUACAAGUCUGGAGAAGGCUCGUGAAGUUGCCGAGAGAUAUAAUCAGAAGUUGAUGUUUGCAGCUGAUUCGGAACAAUUGGCUUAUAGUGUAAGGGAAUAUAUAACGUUUGAAGAGUGGCCGGCACCAAAAGGUCUACGUGUUAGAGAUAAAGCGACCUCUGUCAAAGUCAGAUCACAUUGCACAGAUGCUGGUCUGGUAGUAGACGGCAGCGUAUCAUUUCCAUUCAACGAUGGCUGCGAAGCGACACUCGAAGUGCACCCGGAGGACGCGUUGAUGACAGUACAAAUGGAUGAUCAAUUACCAUAUUAAAGUCUAAUAUAGAAUAGAGUCGUGUUUAGUUAUAAUUAUUUCAUUCCGCACGCAGGGGUCGCUGGUUCGAUUCUCUUAUGGCAAUCAGUUUGUCUCGUGUUUAGAUAUUUCGAUCUCUUUCUUGAGUCCGUGAUAAUAUAGUUCGUUCGUUUUAACGUUGAAAAUCUCGUUUUCAGUCUUUCAGCAAAAUAUUAUUACAUCACAAUGGUGAAACGUAUUACCAAUACUGAAAAUCAGUAUCUGCAACACAUAUGCUUUCUCCCUUGCACUCUUGAGAUGGGACUCGAACCCACGACCUUUUGCAAUCCGGGCGACUGAUUUAACCUCUCGAGCUACCCAGGACACGACAGGACUGACCAAUUUUUGUUACCAAUAUUACUCUUUCGCUACUACAUUGAUGAAAAUACGCUCAGUAUAAAAAUUUGUCAGUCCUGUUGGGUCCUGGCUAGCUCAGUAGUUGGAUCGCCCGAAUUGCGAAAGGUCAUGGGUAACAAGCUAACUUAAUACCUACUGUAUUGGAUGUGCUUUCGAUUCAUUCCGAUCAAGAAGUUCGAUAUAAGUGUAAUACUAGUGCCAUCUAUAAAUAGAACGGAACCGUGACAUAUCACAUUUAGGGUCGGCACGUAUCUGAUAGAAGACCAAUAUCGUAUCACUCGCAGAACGUCAGCACUGAUAAAGUAUAAAAUGUAAGAUUCGAAGUUGCACACCGUGAAUGUAAUAACGCAACUUCCGUGAUGCAUGACGCAUUUUCUUAUAAAUAUGUGCAGACCCUAUUUCUGUUAUGUGAACAUGCUACAUGCAUGCAUGCUACUAAUAUUAUAAAUGUGAAAGUUCCUUUGUUUGGAUGUUUGUCCGUCAAUCACGCCGAAAGUACUGAACGGAUUUUGAUGAAAUUUGGUAUACAGAUAGGGUAUUAGUUGACUUAGAUAAUAGGAUACUUUUAUCCCACUAAACAUUUCCCUAGGGACCACGCUGGCGAAAGCUAGUUGUCUUAUAAAAUAAUGUGGCAGUUAAAAUGAAAAAUUAUGCAAAUCUCCGCGUAGAUGACUCCAUUAGUACAUGUAGCAAACAAAGCAAUUUCUUCGAACAUUUUGAAAAUGAAUUCCCUUCUUAAUUAAAUCCAAAUAUACAGUAGCCUGGGUGAAAAAAAAGAAAUUGUUUUUAGUAUAUUUUAUAUUUCUAUUUAACAUGUAAUAGCUUAGAUAACAGACAUUAAAUUUGAGGAGUAGAGGCUCGCUACGUCACAACUUUAUAGAAAAUGUAUGAAAGUGUGAAAUCAUGUGAAAUUCUAACUCAAUGUAUUGCCGUAAUUUAUUGUGUACGUAAAAUAUAUAAAAAAAUGCUUAUUAUUCUUCAAUAAUUUACCUGACGAACAGACAAAAAAAAUAGGCAACAUUCCUAUUGUGUAUUACUGAUAAAAUUACAGUAUUUCUAAUGAGGAAGUAUU